AUGGCCGAGCAUCCAGCAGGGGAGCAUCAACCUCCAUCGCCAGCGCCUCCAGCAUUGGUAGCGGCGGCAGUGCCUCCCUCCUCAUCCCACUCCUUGGGAACGCAAAGGAGCGUUCACGAGAUUCUUGGAGGUGGCAAAUACGCCGAUGUUCUCAUGUGGAAGAAGAAGCAUGUCACUGGCGGGAUUUUGCUUGGAGCCACCGUUUCUUACGUCCUGUUUGAGUGGUGCGGCUACACACUUCUCUCCAUCGCUUCAAAUGCGCUCCUCUUCCUCGUCUUGAUCUUGUUUACUUGGUCGAAUCUCGCGGCCUUGCUCGACAAGCCGCCACCACCGAUUCCAGAGAUACAACUCUCGGAGGAGAUGGUCGAGAACAUCGCUCAGACUCUUCGUCUGGAAUUAAACCGAGCACUUGGAAUAAUUCAUAUGAUCGCCCUGGGAAAAGAUUUCAUGCUCUGUGUCGAGGUUAUAGCGGGCCUGUGGAUCUUCUCUCUUGUCGGUGGCUGGUGCCACUUCCUGACGCUCCUUUAUUUUGUGGUGGUACUCGCUCACACGCUACCCCUCAUCUAUGACAAAUACGAGGAUGGCAUUGAUAAGUACCUGGAGAUUGUUACCGCGCAUCUGAAGAGCCAAACAAGUCGACGCCAAGUCUCUCCCCUCCAGAAUUCCCCGAGCUAAAGUGCACUGAUUCUCGCCGUGUUCCACUGCCAAAAUUCCCCGGUGAAGAGGACGCGACGCGAUUCCUGGAAGCCAAAAAAA